AUGUCGCAAAGAGCCGCGGCCGCGGCCGCGGACGCGGCUCGGAUCCGCGGCACGCUCGCGGCGAUGGAAUCGCGCGCGGAAUUCCGCUCCAACCUGCCGUACUACGCCCUCGCCGCGCUCGGGGCGACGACCGCGGGCGUCGGAUACGUCACCGGGUUCGAGCGCACGAGGAAAGCCGUCGGCGAGCAGAUGGCGCUCGCGGAGGCGGAGGCGGGAGGGACGAUGACGCCGGGGAACGCGUGGGUCUUGCGAGCGAUGGGCGUCCUCCUCGGCUCGACCGUGGGCGCGAACGUCGGGCAGUCGUACGCGGUCCGACGCGGCGCGAUCGCUGGCGCGGGGACCUUCGCGCUCUUCGGCCUCUUCGCCGCGGAGCCGAGCGCGAUCUACGCGCCGUACGCGGGGAGCGUGCUGUUGAACGGAGGGAGCGCGGCGUGGAACGAUCUCGGCGCCGCGGCGUGUCGGGCGUUUCGAGGACCCUCCAAGGCGGAGGAGGAACCGGAGAAGGCGAAGAGAGAGCGCCGGGGGUGGAGGUUCUGGAGGAAGAAACCCGUCGACGGCGACGGCGGCGGGAAAUAG